UGAAAAGGUCUUGUUUUGGAAACGCGUAACAGAGAAACUUUCUUCCACACCUUUGCUUGCUUUUAAAUGGCGAAAGGUGAAGAUAGCGGGAACACAACCACCGCGUGAAGCUUUACUUUCUCUCUCUAGAAGCUAGAUCUGCAGUUCGUUUUCUCUGCAUCAGGUUCACAUUUCAAUUCAGAUUGCAACAAUGACACCACCAAUUGAGACUCCAAACAAAUCUUCUGUCUCUCACCAUCAUACACAUCCUCCUCUUAAUGAAAGAAUCCUUUCAUCCAUGAGGAGGCGGUCGGCUGCUUCCCAUCCUUGGCAUGAUCUUGAGAUAGGACCAGACGCACCAAAAAUAUUCAACUGUGUGAUUGAAAUUAGCAAGGGGAGCAAGGUAAAGUAUGAGCUUGACAAGAAAACAGGACUUAUCAAGGUUGAUCGUGUCCUGUAUUCAUCUGUCGUGUACCCUCACAACUAUGGCUUUGUACCCCGUACUCUUUGUGAGGACAACGACCCACUUGAUGUCUUGGUUAUCAUGCAGGAACCAAUCCUGCCAGGCUGUUUUCUUCGUGCAAAAGCGAUUGGUGUCAUGCCCAUGAUCGAUCAGGGAGAGAAAGAUGAUAAGAUAAUUGCAGUAUGUGCUGAUGAUCCGGAGUAUAGACACUACAAUGACAUCAAGGAGCUCCCACCACAUCGUUUGGCAGAGAUCCGCCGCUUCUUUGAAGACUACAAGAAGAACGAGAAUAAGGAGGUUGCUGUCAAUGAUUUCUUGCCGUCUGCUGAGGCGAUUGAGGUGGUCAAACAUUCCAUGGAUCUGUAUGCGGACUACAUCGUGGAGAGCUUGAGGAGAUAGGGAAAGAUGUUUACUCCAUAUAUAAUUGAUGCCGCCUAUAUUUUCUGCAGUUUAAUUUUCUCAUUGCUAUAUAUGAUGACGACGACAGGGACUUUAAAAAGGUACUCAUGAAACAUGUGUUCAUGGUACCGAAGAAAUGGUUUUAUUGUUACAUAUAUUCUAUUUUUUCAUUUUUUUUUCACUUGAUGUAUUGGUUGGCAAUAUGUAAGGAAAGAAACUUUGCGCUUUUAAACUGUUUUUUUAUAGUAUUUUUCAGUUAAUUUGAUUUUA